CGCGCCAACUACGGCGGGUAAAACGAAAGCUGAUAGCAACCAACCGACAGCCCUUAGCAACCGGUUAGCUUCGUCAGACACGCUGUUAAUCUGACGACUUUUAUCCUCAACGCGAGACUUCAGGUUGUAUGUUCGUCUGAAGUUGUUUUGUGGGAUUUCUAUCAUUUCUGUGACAGCUGGAGAGUGAAGCUAGCAUGUAAACAAAGCGCAGACGUACAGUCCUCUGAGAUAGCUUGAGCUCAGUCUGAACAUGAGCGCUGGCAUGGACGAUCCGACCCUGGAGAGGCACUUUAAGGGUCACAGAGACGCCAUCAGCAGCCUGGACUUCAGCUCUAACAUGAAGCAAAUAGCCAGCGGCUCUGUGGAUGCGUGUGUCAUGAUCUGGAACACCAGGCCUCAGAUGAGGGCCUACAGGUUUGAGGGACACAAGGACGCGGUGACGAGUGUCCAGUUCUCUCCCUCCGGUCAUCUCGUGGCCUCCGCGUCCAGAGACAAGACGGUCCGGCUCUGGGUGCCCAGUGUGAAAGGGGAAUCGACGGUGUUUCGAGCGCAUACGGGAACCGUGCGCAGCGUGAGCUUCUCCAGUGACGGACAGACGCUCCUCACCUCUUCUGAUGACAAAAGCAUCAAAGUCUGGGCCGUUCACCGGCAGAAGUUCCUCUUCUCCCUCAACCAGCACAUCAACUGGGUGCGCUGUGCCAGGUUUUCACCGGAUGGGCGUCUGAUUGUGUCUGCCAGCGAUGAUAAGACAGUGAAGCUGUGGGACAAGAACAGCAGGGAGUGCAUUCAUUCGUUCUGCGAGCACGGCGGAUACGUGCAUCACGCUGACUUCCACCCCAGCGGCACCUGUAUCGCAGCGGCCAGCACCGACAACACCGUGAAGGUGUGGGACAUUCGCACACACAAACUCCUGCAGCACUACCCAGUUCACAGUGCGACGGUGAACAGCCUGUCCUUCCAUCCGUCUGGAAACUACCUGAUCACGGCCUCCAAUGACUCUACGCUGAAGAUCCUGGACCUGCUGGAGGGCCGACUGCUGUACACGCUCCACGGCCAUCAGGGUCCAGCCAGCUGUGUGUCCUUCUCGAGGACCGGAGACUUCUUCGCCUCGGGAGGUGCAGAUGAACAGGUGAUGCUGUGGAGGACUAACUUUGACAGCGUGGAUUACAGUGAGGUGCUGCAGCAGAAAGGCGCUGGAGAUGAGAAAGCUUCGGAUCACAGAAGCUAUAGCCAGCCGUCAGCACAGGAGUCCGGAGCCGGCGGUGUGUCCUCACAGAAGAGCAGCAGCACCGCUCUGGUCAGCCCUGGAGGCGGUCAGCCGGACAGUGUUCCCGCUGCGCUCGCCAGCACCCUCCAGCACAUCGUAGGACAGCUGGACGUGCUCACACAGACGGUGGCCAUUCUGGAGCAGCGACUGACUCUGACUGAGGAUAAACUGAAGGAGUGUAUGGAGAUGCAGCGUCAGUCCGUGUCUGAGCGCUGAUGCAACCGUCUACUGGAGCUACAGCUACCUCACUGUCACCUCCUCAAACAGUUUACAGCUCACAAACCACGUUAAAACUUCAUUCUUGUCCCAACAUGCUUAUGUUAAAGAGCCACCGUGAUUAGAGGGAAUUACAUGACAGAGUCUGUAUUAUUUGGUGGCAGAUGUUUGUGUGUAGUUUUGCAGUAACAGCAGUGUGAGGAUGGAGGACUGUGCUGAGUGUGGAUGUGCUGUAGCAUCAGCUCUGCUGUAAUCCAACCUUAAACCACAAGCUGAAACUCAUCCUUGGCUGAAAUCUGAUAAGAGAAAUCAAAACGUGAAGCCUUCUUUCUGUACUUCCUAGAUAAGUAGUAUGCAUUUGUCCUGUUUUACAUUAACUUUAAAGUUGUCUUUUUUUAAUUCACUUUUGCUGUUUUGAGUUAUACUGUCUCAUCUUCUAUGUAACUCAAUGCUGCUUCUUUCAAAUGAAGCUUUUACACUUUUACAGUUUUGAUGUGUUUCACUUGUUGUCCAUGCCAGUAAAAUGUGUUUGUUAAG